UCUUGUCUCCGAUACAACCUUAUGCAAUGCAAUCAACGAUGCUCAUGCCUUUUGUUAAAACACGAUGCUUCCAUAGGUAAAUGCUGGGUCAAAGACUGUAUUCGUGACAUUGGAAGUAUUAGCUGCAAUGUUCUAGCACUACUGACAGGCACGGUUUGGGCGUCUAACGUCAGUCAGUCAGCUGACAGAGUGGUCUGAAGGUAAGAGCGGUCGACAUCUUGAUUCGGACUCGGAGGACAAGACAGUGAGUCUAUACCAUUGAAAUACUCGAGACAUUUAUAGAUUUCAAAUUGAUGCUGCACACAUCAUGGGCUGUUAUGAAUAAAAGGUUGCCAUCAUGAUUGGAGGACUAUUCAUCUACAACCACAAGGGGGAGGUGUUGAUCUCUCGCGUCUACCGGGAUGACAUAGGACGCAAUGCGGUGGACGCGUUCCGCGUGAACGUGAUCCACGCCCGGCAGCAGGUGCGCUCCCCGGUCAACAACAUCGCCCGCACCUCCUUCUUCCAUGUCAAGCGCUCCAACAUCUGGCUGGCGGCCGUCACCAAGCAGAACGUCAACGCAGCCAUGGUGUUUGAGUUCCUCUACAAGAUGUGCGACGUCAUGGCCGCCUACUUUGGCAAGAUCAGCGAGGAGAACAUCAAGAACAAUUUUGUGCUGAUCUAUGAGCUGCUGGACGAGAUCCUGGACUUUGGAUACCCCCAAAACUCGGAGACCGGCGCCCUGAAGACCUUCAUCACCCAGCAGGGGAUCAAGAGCCAGACCAAGGAGGAGCAGUCCCAGAUCACCAGUCAGGUGACAGGGCAGAUUGGUUGGCGUCGGGAGGGCAUCAAGUACCGCCGCAAUGAGCUAUUCCUCGACGUGCUGGAGAGCGUCAAUCUGCUGAUGUCUCCUCAAGGCCAGGUCCUGAGUGCCCAUGUCUCUGGGAGAGUGGUGAUGAAGAGCUACCUGAGCGGGAUGCCCGAGUGCAAGUUUGGCAUGAACGACAAGAUCGUCAUUGACAAGCAGGGCAAGGGCGGGGCCACCGACGAGGCAGCCAAGAGUGAGUUAGGGGGCAGUGGGAAGCAAUCCAUAGCCAUUGAUGACUGCACAUUCCACCAGUGUGUGCGCCUCAGCAAGUUUGACUCGGAGCGCAGUAUCAGCUUCAUCCCGCCGGACGGAGACUACGAGCUCAUGAGGUACCGGACCACCAAGGACAUCAUCUUGCCCUUCCGUGUUAUUCCUCUGGUGAGGGAGGUUGGCCGCACCAAGCUGGAGGUCAAGGUGGUCAUCAAGUCCAACUUCAAGCCCUCUCUCCUGGCACAGAAGAUUGAGGUCCGCAUUCCCACCCCUCUCAACACCAGCGGGGUCCAGGUGAUCUGCAUGAAGGGCAAGGCUAAGUACAAAGCUAGCGAAAACGCCAUCGUCUGGAAGAUCAAGCGCAUGGCAGGGAUGAAGGAGUCUCAGAUCAGCGCUGAGAUCGAGCUGCUGCCCACCAACGACAAGAAGAAGUGGGCGCGCCCCCCCAUCUCCAUGAACUUUGAGGUCCCCUUCGCUCCCUCCGGCCUGAAGGUUCGCUACCUGAAGGUGUUCGAGCCCAAGCUGAACUACAGCGACCAUGACGUCAUCAAAUGGGUGCGUUACAUCGGGCGCAGUGGGAUAUAUGAGACCCGCUGCUAACGGCCCUCACUCUCCAGGGAGCAUCAGGAAGGCUGGAACAAGGGAGGAGUCGGGUUGUGAAACCGUUUGAAACUCCUCCUCUUUUUCCCCAUCUUUUAUGUGUGCCGGCUUAAAGCUUGGAUAAAACGGGAGGGGGGCGGGGGUGUAUUUUAGAGGAAUAAGUGAACAUGCUGAUGUAGAUGUGGACAGGAACAUCCGCUUCUGUUUUCCUCGAGAUGUGGUUUACAUUUCGGCUGUUGCUCAACCAUCCUAUGUAUUCCCCAUGACUGUGUCCUCUGUCAUCCAUGUGAUCAGCUGAACUAGGACCCCUUGGUGCUGGUGUAGGACUAGACGUUCUUUGUUUCCUGUAGCAUUUAGCUAGCACCAUCCUAAUGCCAGUCCCACGCCUAGCCCCCUCAUCUCCACUGGUGUAAUCACUAUUUAGUCUAGAGAGUACUGUUUAAGAAGGAGGCAUUGCAGGUGUAACACUAUUUCCCAUACAUUUUAUACCGUUUUUUUUAACAUCCCUACUCACCCUGGUGUAUUAGUUAUGGAAUUGUCAGUUUUUGUAGGUAGUGCUUUGUCCAUCCAUACGUUUUGCCACCCAUUCUAUUAUUGCACUCAGUCAUCCUUUUCCCCUCGUCCAGUAGAUGUUCAUUUCAUUAUUGUAUUUUCUCUACCCAUGCAGAUUAUAAUGAAAUGUUUUUGCUGUGGUAUCUGUUGGUUUGUUUUGUGUCAGUGCUGCAGAUAAUUUUCUGUGUGACCAAAAUUGCAAGUAUGAGAAACAAAACACAAAAAAGAUUUUAAAAAGCAGGAUCUGUCUCAAUAUAUAAACACAUUUCUACGUUAUUUGAGCUUGGUGGAACUAGUCCCAUGUUUCUUGCUGUCGGUGUCUGUAGAAGUCUGUUGAACUGACCUGUGUGUGUGCGUGUGUGUUGCUGUUCAGCCACAGUUUGCAAAACAUCUCUCAGGAGUCUGGAAUGUGUAUUUU